AUGACGUUCAUUGGACGAAUCAGAGAGGCUAUUCCUGUCAAUAAGCAGAUCGUGCAGUCUAGGAUCACAGGGCUGGCUGAGGACUGUCGCCGUCAGCUGACUCAUCUACAGGAGACGGCAUUAGACACUUUCAAGGUCGCCUCUGCUACUUUCGAGAGCAUUCCCUGCUAUCUCGAUGUUAACGUCCAUGUCGCCUUCAAUCCCGACAAUCGCCUCAUCGGUGGGGUUAUCCGUGCCAAGGAGAAGCUCAUUACGAUCACCACUCGAGGUCUCGACAAGACCAUUGGGGAGAAUCGUCGUAAAGUCGUCAUUGAACGUGGCGCAGAAGUCUGCCAUGUUCUUAUGGGAUAUACUAAGGGAUUUUUACCGGCCCUGGGGGGUCCCUCGACUUCUGCUGAGGGCCACUAA